UAGGCGGCCCUUCGUCCUCGCCCUCGGGUCUCCAUGCCUCAGCAGCGCCCUGCUCCGCAGCCAGCGGCCCGCAAGCCGUAGCCAUGGCCGCCGUGGCCGUCCUCCGGAACGACUCUCUGCAAGCCUUCCUCCAGGACCGCACCCCCAGCGCCUCCCCGGACCUGGGCAAGCAUUCGCCCCUGGCGCUGCUAGCCGCCACCUGUAGCCGUAUCGGCCAGCCGGGCGCCACGGCGCCCCCGGAUUUCCUGCAGGUGUCCUACGACCCCGCGCUGGGCUCGCCCUCCCGGCUCUUUCACCCGUGGACCGCUGACAUGCCGGCGCACUCGCCCGGCGCGCUGCCGCCCCCGCACCCCAGCCUGGGGCUGACACCACAGAAAACGCACCUGCAGCCGUCCUUCGGGGCGGCGCACGAGCUGCCGCUUACACCCCCUGCCGACCCCUCGUACCCCUACGAGUUCUCGCCGGUCAAGAUGCUGCCCUCGAGCAUGGCGGCGCUGCCCGCCAGCUGCGCGCCCGCCUACGUGCCCUACGCGGCCCAGGCCGCGCUGCCCCCCGGCUACUCCAACUUGCUGCCCCCGCCGCCGCCGCCACCGCCGCCCACGUGCCGCCAGCUGUCCCCCAACUCGGCCCCCGACGACCUCCCGUGGUGGAGUAUCCCGCAGGCCGGCAGCGGUCCGGGAACCUCGGGGGUUCCAGGGGGCAGCCUCUCUGGCCCCUGCGCCGGGGGCCCCCACGCGCCGCGCUUCCCCGCUUCGGCGGCCGCCGCUGCAGCCGCCGCCGCCGCGCUGCAGCGGGGCCUGGUGUUGGGCCCGUCGGACUUCGCGCAGUACCAGAGCCAAAUCGCUGCGCUGCUGCAAACCAAGGCCCCCCUGGCGGCCACGGCCAGGAGGUGCCGCCGCUGCCGCUGCCCCAACUGCCAAGCGGCGGGCGGCGCCCCGGAGGCAGAGCCGGGCAAGAAGAAGCAGCAUGUGUGCCACGUGCCGGGCUGCGGCAAGGUGUACGGCAAGACGUCGCACCUGAAGGCGCACCUGCGCUGGCACACGGGCGAGCGGCCCUUCGUGUGCAACUGGCUCUUCUGCGGCAAGAGCUUCACGCGCUCGGACGAGCUGCAGCGUCACCUGCGGACUCACACGGGCGAGAAGCGCUUCGCCUGCCCCGAGUGCGGCAAGCGCUUCAUGCGCAGCGACCACCUCGCCAAGCACGUCAAGACGCACCAGAAUAAGAAGCUCAAAGUUGCUGAGGCUGGAGUAAAGCGGGAGGACCCGCGGGACCUGUAAGCCCACCUGGGGGCCACCUCUCCCGCCUCGGGUUCCCUACCCAGCACCUC